UGCGCUUCUGCCUCCUCCCUCAGCCGCUCUAGCUCUCUAGUCUCUCUCACCCUAAACCCCUCCGAUCCCACUCCCAGCCAUGGCCGCCGCCGCCGUCGAAUCCGCUCCCGUCUCCCAAGAGCAAAUCCUCCCCCACAACGACGUCAAGCUAUUCAACCGCUGGAGCUUCGAUGACGUCCAGGUGAGCGACAUCUCGCUGCAAGAUUACAUCGGCGUGGCUCAGGCCAAGCACGCCACGUAUGUGCCCCACACCGCCGGGAGGUACUCGGUGAAGCGGUUCAGGAAGGCGCAGUGCCCGAUCGUCGAGAGGCUAACCAACUCUCUCAUGAUGCACGGACGAAACAACGGCAAGAAGCUCAUGGCUGUGAGGAUUGUAAGGCACGCCAUGGAGAUCAUCCAUUUGCUCACUGACCUCAACCCCAUCCAGGUCAUCGUCGACGCUGUUGUUAACAGUGGUCCUAGGGAAGACGCGACCAGAAUUGGGUCGGCCGGUGUUGUGAGGCGUCAGGCUGUUGAUAUUUCGCCGCUCAGACGUGUCAACCAGGCGAUUUAUCUGCUGACUACCGGAGCUCGUGAGUCUGCUUUCAGGAAUAUCAAGACCAUCGCAGAGUGCUUGGCUGAUGAGCUGAUCAAUGCUGCUAAGGGGUCCUCUAACAGCUAUGCUAUUAAGAAGAAGGACGAGAUCGAGAGAGUUGCCAAGGCCAAUCGUUAAGGUGUUACCUCUGAUGCAACAGUGGAGAGUUUUGUUUGCAUUCUUUUCGUCAUGCUUUUAUUAUUGAGAUUAGAUAAUUCGUCCAUUUAGAUUGGAUGAUUUAAUUUAAAAAUUGAGUUUUGUUUUUGAGCUAUGACAAUGUUGAGUCUCUUUUUAGAUUUCCAUCUCCAGUCUGUUUCUUAUUAUUUAUACCUCUAUUUGCACUA